AUGGACGCCCUCGAGCGCGCGAUGCGGAAUCGCGUGCGCGCGCUGGAGGACACGUCCGAGGCGCGCGCGGCGAUGCGUCGGCGCGUGGAAAAUGCUCGAGCGCGCGUCGCGAGCGAUGAUGCGAACGCCGUGACGACGCCGAACGCGCUCGACCGCGCGCGCGAGGACGUCGAGGACGCCGACGUCGUCGCGGCCGUCCUCGACGCGCACGCCCGAGGGGAUUACUUCGCGUGCCUGAACGUGCGACGACCGACGUGCGACGACGCGGGACGGGCGACGUGGGACGUGAGCGACGCGGAGCUCAAUCGAGCCUUCAGACGGGCGUCUCUGCGCGUGCACCCGGAUAAAAACAGGGCGAGCGAUGCGAGAAAGGCGUUCGAUGCGAUCGGGGAGACGCAGAAGCUGUUUCGAGACGGGAAGAAACGGGCGGAGAUCGUGCGCGAGGCGGCGGACGCGGCGUUCAAGGAAAAGUGUCGACGGGAUCCGGAGUUCGCGCGAACGGCGAUGCGGGCGAGGGAGAGCGCGAAUGCGGAUGCGUAUGCGGAUGAGAUGCGUCGACAGCGGGAGGAGGCGCGGAGGCGAGCGGCGGAGAAGCGAGCGAAGGGGGCGCGGAGGAAGCGGGAGGAGCGCGACGACGCGCGAGACGCGUUGGAGAGAAUGGCGAAGAGUUUAGAGGCGGAGGAGCUGGCGAAGGCGAACGAGGCGAAAGGAGGGGGGAGCGACGGCGACGACGCCACCGUGGUCGUGCGUAGAAAACCAAAGAAACGAUUCAUGUUUUAG